AUGCAUUUGGAUUCUGCAGCAGUUGUCAGCGGAGACACUCGACACGCCCACACACAGUGUUUGACAUAUAUUUAAGGAGGGAAGGAGUGUGACUCCUAGAAUUCUGCUCAACUGCAUUGUUGGACUUCACUGGUAAAAGAUGAAUCUACAGCUCGUGUCAUUACUCGUUGCCUGUCUGCUUUCCACUGUUUAUAGUGAAGGCUCAGUAGAAUACUGCUAUAACUUGCCAGCAUGCAAUCCAAGCACAUGGCCUACUCUAGCACCACACCACUGCAAUGGCACUCGACAGUCUCCUAUCAAUAUUGUGACUGCUGAUGUGAAACCUGAUAAGAACCUGACAGCCUUCAGCUUCAAAGGCUUUAAUGACAACUCUACCAUCAUAAGCAUUCAAAACAUUGGAAAGUCAGUGAAAAUUCAUCUUGAUGAAACCAAGAUGAGCGUGUCAGGAGGAGGCCUUCAGAGCCAGUACAAUUCCAGCCAGUUUCACAUUCACUGGGGCAAUGGCUCCUCUAUCAAUGGAUCAGAACACACUGUGGAUGGCAGACAAUAUGCAAUGGAGUUGCACAUAGUAAAUAUUAGGACUGAUGUAACCCCAGAUGUUGCUGCCAAUGACUCAACAGCAUAUGCUGUUCUUGGUUUCUUCAUUGAAGCAACCAACAGCAGUGGCACACCAGAGAGCUGGAAGAAACUCACCUCAUUUUUAUCAGAAAUUCCUAAUAAAGGUGACUCAUUGGACAUUAUGCAUGAACUUACUGUAGACAGUCUGCUUGAAGGAGUAGACCGGACUAAAUAUUACCGUUACCUUGGCUCUCUGACCACACCAUCAUGUGAUGAAAUUGUGGUGUGGACUGUAUUCAAAGACCCAAUCAAAGUCAGCAAAGAUUUGAUUGAUCUUUUCAGCAACAAAAUGCAUAUCAAUGCAACGGCUGAUCCUUUCAUCAUCAACAACUACAGACCAGCUCAGGCUCUGAAUGGCAGGGUUGUAACAUCACAACCAACAUCAGUAUCGGGAUCAGAACCAUCAUCAGCAAGCACACUUCAUCACACUCUGUCCAUCAGCAUGGCUCUCCUCUACUCUGUAUUGUUUUGGUGUUUCUAUCUGGAUGACCUUGUCGAUGUUGGAAAACUGAAUGCUCUAAGCGAUACUUCAGCGUCUACUGCUGUCAUAUCUACACCUAUUUUAUGGGAGCGACUGGGCCUUGGUGCAACAUGGGUAAUGAAAAAUCCCUGUAGUAUAAAGGAGACUGGUGGAGGCCAAGUUAAUAAAAUGGGCUUGUUGCUUCUUACCCACCUUGUUGCUUGGUUGUUGCCUGUGGCCUGUAGUGCUGAUCUCCCAAUAGGCUGGUGCUAUAACUUUCCAACAUGCAGUGAAUCUACCUGGCCUUCAAUCCCUGAUGCAUACUGCAGUGGAAGCCACCAGUCUCCUAUUAACAUUGUGACUACAAAUGUCCGAGCUGACAUGAACUUAACAUCAUUCAGCUUCACUGGUUAUGAUGAUGGCACGGUCAUGACUGAAAUGACCAACACUGGCAGGAACGUUAAGGUCACAUUGAACCAAGAAAAGAUGGUGGUUGAAGGUGGAGCCCUUCCUGGCAUUUACUACAGCAAGGAUUUCCACUUACACUGGGGCAAUGGGAGCUCCAUGCCUGGAUCUGAGCACACCAUAAAUGGCAAAAGAUUCUCUAUGGAGUUGCACAUAGUGAAUGUUAAAGCAGGAUACAAUUCAACUGCAAGUGCCCUUAAAGAUCCAACAGGGUUUGCUGUUCUUGGUUUCUUUCUUGAGGCGACCAAUGACACUGGUAAACCCAAGAGCUGGAAGACCCUAACCUCCUAUCUAGGAAAUAUCUCAAAUGCAGGUGAUGAAGUAGCAAUCACUGAGCAUAUUACCAUGGACAGUUUGCUUGAAGGAGUGGAUCGGACUAAAUAUUACCGCUACCUAGGCUCUCUCACCACACCACCCUGUAAUGAAGCUGUCGUGUGGACUAUCUUCAAAGACCCCAUUAAAGUCAGCCAAGAUUUGAUUGAUCUCUUCAGUGUUAGUGUGUACUUCAACAAGAGCUUGACCUCUCACCCGAUGACUGAUAACUUCAGACACACUCGGGCCAUAAACGACAGAGUUGUGACCUCUCAGGACAGCAGUACCAGGGCAAAUUGGCCAUCAAAUUCAACAGACAUCCAACCCUACAAUAUAUACUUAUUUACUGCAGCACUCCUGUACAUCAUCUGUUGGUUCUAGGCUUUGCACAUGAUUGGCACAGUAAACAAGAUGUUGCUGAAUUUCCCACCUGAAUAAAGAAUGAAUGGAGAAUGUUUUGAGUAUUAAGGAAGUUUGUAAAGUUUUAUGUACAUGGCUAUUUAAUUUAAAUAGUUUUUUUUACUGUGCACAAAUUGGUAUAAUGGUACUAGACAGACAUCCUGAAAUAUUUUUGUACACUUAAUUGAUGCACCUGUAUGCAAUGUGUUUGUCUACCUUCUGAUACUUAAAGCAUUAAUGUUGACCACUGCACAUUUUGAAUAAAAUCACUUUUCUAAAGGAA